CGUAAAACGAAAAUUAAAAUUAUGGAAUUUCCUUAAUUUCAAAACAAUAGACUAAUUUUCUUUCCCAUUGUAGACAGAGUAAUACGUUUUGCAUGUUUCAUUAAGACUUCGACGCACACAUCAAUAAACCAUCGCAAAAGAUUGUGCCGGUCCCGAUAAAUCUUGUGGAACCAAAGUAAUGGCGGGCGAUGAAGGUACUGAUGUUGACAUUACCCAUGAUGUGUUUCUGAUUCAUACCAAUGAACCGAGGGAGGACAAAGAAUUUGCACUGUUAAAACUGAAGCCGUUGCUUGAAAGUCAAAAUCUAAAAGUUUUGGUUGAUGAAGAGGAUUUCAAAGCUGGUGAACCCGUUUUUUUAAAUAUGGCUAGAGCUGUCAUACAAUCAAGGAAGUCUUUGAUUGUAUUGACGAAACACUCCAGGGAAAGUCAAUGGUGUUCACUGGAACUGCUACUGGCUCUAGAGAAAUCUCACCGACGUUCCUACAUGUCGGUCGUUGUUUUGCGAAAAGGAAAUUCUUCUGAACAGCAGCUGGCUUUGGACAUGUUGAAUUAUGUUCCACAUGUGGAUAUACAAAAUGACGAUGACAUCAAGGGAAAACUAGAUGAACUUGUUUCUUUAAUCAAAGAAAGGAAAAAAACUGAAGAACUGUUGCCUGCUGGAAACAUUGCGCAUGCACAAGUUUGGUCUCAUUACUUUGGACUGUUGCAGUAUCUUCUUCCGGUAUUGGAAGCUCUUGUAAAGAAAACAGAAAUCUACAAGAAAUAUCCAACCAGAUUUUCAAAAAAAUUGUACGAGUUAGUACCAGAAAACUGCAAAUGUCCAAGAGUAAUUGAAGAUGUACCCAUCUCAGAACAAAGAAUCAGUGUUAUGGCAGAAAAAUUACCAAACCUAUGCUACAUGCGGUCCGGAAACAAACGAGAUGUUCAGAUGACCAUCUAUUGUGUCAGAGACACAGAUGGCACUGUAUGUUAAACACAAUAUACAAGAUUCACGAAGAGUGUUGAGAUAAUUUUUUGGACUUAUUUGUUUUUGAUAAUCUAAUGGAACUUUGUCACUUGGACUUGGCACACUUAUUGCUAAACAUUUUCGCUUUGCAUACGAAAAUUUUAUAGCUUGCAAUAAUAAUGAAGGCUUCUAGGUUUGAUUUAUAUGCUGGUAUUGAAGUUAUCAUUAACUAGCAUUCUAAUUGGAAAAGCUUCAGAUGAAUUAGGAGGAAAGACCUUCAGCAGCCCGUUUACAUUCUUGACGUUUCUACUCAAAAAUGCAUUGUUCUUUUUUGCAAAUGGGUGGAUUUUAGUAAAUUUUAACAUGGUUUGUAUGAAAAUAUAAUGCAUAAUUAUUUAGUCACAAAACGCAGGUUUACAUAAAUAUGGUUUUUGGGAGUUGAUUUUAACCAACUCUCCUAUGCAGUUACUCGGACAAACCGAAAGUGAAACAGUGUUUGGACCUCAGCACAAAUCAUGGCUGCUGACAAGAGCUAGUUCUUAAAAAUAAUUGAUAAAUUCGAUGUAAUAUAUGCUAAAGCAUUGUUUUUCAAAGAAACGUAUUUAUGAAUACCUUGAAAAUAGUCAGAUUUAAAUGGUACGAACAAUUUAGAUAUUUUUGUAGUCGUAUGUAUUCCUACGCCAGAGUUCAAUAUAGUCUCGUUCAACUCGACGCUCGGCUGUCUCCGUAGUCUCUCUUGCUUGUCGGAGAUUUACGGUGUCAGCCGAGCGUUUGGUUGAACGAGAAUAGAGUUCAAUAUUGCUUGGAUCCAUACAAUUUUCGAGAAAUAUUUCUAUUUCUGAUACAUAGUUUGAUUGAAUUAAUUUUAUCUUUAAAUAUUAUUUAACAUGAUUCAUAGGGGGGUUUCUCGACAUUCUUGUCGAAAAGGUCCAAAAAUUCAUAUUAUAAAAAUGUGCGUAAUUCAAAUACAAAUUAGAAACUACAUGUACUUGUCAUGCAAAAUAACAUACCAUUGAUUUUAAAAUAAACAAGAGAUGUUUGUGAAACACUUAUGCCCCCUCCCUUGGAAACAUCCACAAAGAAAUGAACGUAAACUGCAAAUAUUUGGAAUUUUUCUAGGUCCAAGGGGCAUAACUCUGUUGGAAAUUGCUCUAUCAUACCCAAAAUCAAACUUGACCUAGAUAUUAAUUAGAUAAACCUGCAUACAAAAUUUCAUAUUAAUAUGUGCAUCCUCUGCGAAGAAAAUGAGCGGAAACUGCAAAUAACUGGAAUUUCCCUACGUCCAAGGGCCAUAACUCUGUCGAAAAUAGCUCGAUCGUACCCAAUAUCAAACUUGACCUAGAUAUUAUCAUGAUAAAACUGUAUACCAAAUUUCAUUUCAAUAUGUUCAUCCUCUGUGAAAAAAAAUGAGCGGAAACUGCAAAUAACUCGAAUGUUUCUAAGUCCAAACGCCAUAACUCUGUCGAAAAUUGCUCGAUCGUACCCAAUAUUGAACUUGACCUAGAUAUUAUGAUAAACAUGUAUACCAAAUUUCAUUUCAAUAUGUUUAUCCUUCGCAAAGAUAAUGAACGGAAACCAUUGGUUGACCGACCGACCGACCGACAGACAUCAGCAAAGCAAUAUGCCCUGCCUCCUUCGAAGGAGGGCAUAAUAAACAUCGACAAAAUCAACUCCCGUCAGUUCUUCAGAACUUUGAUUUACUUUUAUACCUUUAACUUGUAGUUAAACUUUCAAUUACCUACAGUUUACUCAGGUGACCUAUUGCUAUCCGUUUUCAUCCGUCGUCGUGCGUCGUGCGACCUGUGUCGUGUGUUAACAAUUUACAUUUUUAACUUCUUCUUAUAAAACUACAAGGCUGAUUGUUACCAUUUUUGGUGUGAGGCAUUUCCAUGGUAAGAGGAAUGUAAAUUGUGAAACUCAUGACUCUACCACCCCCGGUGCGCCACAUGUGGGGCCAAAUAUGCAAAAAAAAAGCCAAAUUUUCAAAAAUCUUCUUCUCUACUCCCACACAUGUGAGGAAAAUUAUAAUGUCCAUGAAGCCCUCUACCAAAAUUGUGAAAUUCAUGGCCCCUCGGUCAGGGCUUCUGGCUCUUGGGUGGGGCCAAUAUGGCCAUAUAGUAAAAAUGUAUUAAAUCUUAGAAAAACCUCCUUCUUUACUCCCAUUGCUUUAUUUGUUAAAAACUAAAUACAUGAUUAUGAUGUCCAUGAGGACCUCUACCCAAAUUGUAAAAUUCAUGGCCCCUGGGUCAGGGGUUCUAACUCUAGGGUGGGGCCAAUAUGGCCAUAUAGUUAAAAUGUUUUAAAUCUUAGAAAAUCUUCUUCUCUACUCCCAUAUAUAUUUGUUAAAAACUAAAUGCAUGAUUAGGAUGUUCAUGAGGCCCUCCACCAAAAUUGUGAAAUUCAUGACCCCUGGGGUCAGGGGUUUAGGCUCUAGGGUGGGAUCAAUAUGGCCAUAUAGUAAAAAUGUAUUAAAAACCUAGAAAAUCUUCUUCUCUACUCACACACAUGUGGGCAAAAAACUGAAUAAAUGGUUAUGAUGUCCACUAACUCCUCUACCUAAAUUGUGAAAGUCAUUGCCCCUGGGUCAGGGGUUCAGGACAUGAGGGGGGGGGGGCAAUAUGGCAAUAUAGUGUUAAUGCAUAAAAAUUUUCUUCUCUAUUCUUUCACAUCUGUAUAAAGGUGGAAUGUCCCUCUGGUAAGAGAGAUAACUUCUGUAGAAAAUAAUAUCACUUUGUUUCUGUUAACUCACAAUUAUUAAUGCAUGUAACAACAAGGGAGGUGGUGCUGGGUCCCAAUUUAUGUUGGAAGGCGAUACACUUAUUUGAAUCCAAAGAUAGAAAAAGAAAAUUAGAACUGAACCCCAUGGCUCUUUUGAAGCAGGGGAGCAAAAAAGUAAAGAAAACUUUUACAAAAUAUUACAAAAAUGUAUCAUAAUGAUAAAGUAUUUAUGAGGCAAUAUCUACAUGACUAUUCCUCCCCUUCUCCCCUCCCCCCUUCCGAUGGAUUUAUUCUUUUUUUAAAAAUAUAACUAAAUUUUAUGUACUUGUUCAGUACAUGUACGGUACAUGUUUGAUGUUUUAGGCCAGAGAAUAUUUGGAUUGAAUAUUUUUAUUUCUCUAUCUAUAGCUCGUUCACAGAGCUGAAUGAAUUAUAAUUGGGAAAAAUCUGACCAAGACAAUUACAAAUUCUAGACUUAGUUGAAAUCGUUUAAUUAAAACUUAUAACAUUUCAAAUGUUUAAAAUUGAAUAAAACUUUUCUAUUCUGAGGGAGCAGAUAUGGGAAAACAAAUGGAAAAAAAAACCCCUAAUAUCUCAGCUUAUUUGAUUCAAGACAGUAUAUUCCUGUAUUGAUAUCAUACCAAUUACUGGAAGAUUAUUCACUUGAUCCCCUUUUUGUGUUACAUAAAAAAAUGCUCUGGUUUACAUUUUUAGGAUUUCUUAAAUAUAUAUCCAUUUUCUAUUAUCUUAUCCAAAUUUAAAAAAGAUAACCUUUUCUGAAAUUUAAGAAACUGUGGCAAUUUUUCUUGCACUGUAUGUAAAACAUAUAUAUAAAACCUUCAAUAGUCUAUGAUAAAGAAAGAUAACUCUUGCUGAUUGAAGCAAUUUUUGUUGCAAACUUAUACAACAAAGUGCUAUUCUGAACUAAAAUGCAGCGCUUUAAUAUGUUUUGUAAUAUGAAUUGAAAAUGUAUAUAACUAUAUAUUAUUUUCAUAUACAUUUUGGAUUUUUAAUUUCAUGAUGCGAUGGUAAAAUUUUGUUUUUUUUUCUAAUCACUAUGUCUAGUUUUCUUCAUAUCAUGAUUAGACAUUUUAUCAAUUUUUGAAAAAUCUAGCAGCGCUUCAUCACUUAAAAUUUGUUUCAUAUGAAUCGAUUGAUAUUGUAUUUGAUGAAAAUCAAUAUGAAAUUUUUUAAAAGUUUAUGGCAAAAUUAAUAGCAGAGGGAUAUUACACCUUAAAAACUGACUUAUAAUUAUAUUUACCAGGAAGUCUUCAACUGAAAUUUUAAUUUUCAUGUCCCCUGUAGUAUGGGUUUCGACUCUAGGGCAGGGCCAAAAUGGAUGCAUAGGUUUUAAUGCAUAUAAUAUUAAAAAAUUAUCUCCUUUUCUCCCACACACCUGAAAGGAAAACUGAAUUCAUGAUUGAUUUUGUAGACCAGAACUUUAAGUUUAUCGCCAAAUAUUAUAGGUUUCAUAGUUCUUUUUGAAAGAUUUCAGGCAGGGAGGUGGUCGUCAUUACAAAUUUAUAAUUUUUCUACUCCAGAAUGAAACCCAAUUAAUUAAAUAUAUAUGAGAUCCUCGACAAGUUUGUGUAUGGGUUAUAUGCUACUCAGGUGACCAUUAAGGCCAAUUGGCCUCUUGUUUAAACUUAUAAUUACUUCUUAGCUCACCUGAGCUUAACGCUCAAAUGAGCUAUUACGAUUACUUCUUUCGGCGUUCGUAUGUCUGUCUGUCCGCCUGUUUGUAUACUUUCAGCAUUUUGCACUUCUUCUACAGAACCUCUGGGCCAUUAUCAGGUUUUUUGCCUUUCCCGCACCCUCUCCCGAUGCUGCAUGCUUCAGUUGUACGUGUUUAAGCAUGAACAGGAAUGAAUGACUUACAUUGGACAACAUCUUUCUCAGGCAAAUUGACA